GCGUGGGAGGAGGAAGGCGUGUGCGUGGGUGGGAGAUGAAACUUCCUCCUGCUCUCUGUUGAUGGGAAUUGGGGCUGGGCUGGUGGCCGAUAAAUGGGGUCCUCCCCUUUUGGGGGACCCAGCUGGACCUUGUUUUUACCCCCCAAGCCCCCAAAAACUUGUUUAUGGACUCUGCUGGAGAUGCUCUAAGCACCGGCACUCCUUCGCUAGCACCCCAAAUUGCUGGCUCCAUGACCACGUCCCCACUCAGCCUUUCCCUGCAAGCCACUCCCCUGCAACUGGGCCUCUCCAAAACUUAAGUUUUGAAAUGCAGGGAGUAUCUGGUGUGAACAAGUAUGAUCUAAUUAUAAAAAAACAAGUAUGAUCUAAUUCCGUUGAAUAUUACCUCAAUUUUGUGGCUCCUAGCUAUACGCCUACGAUAGAUAUUGUGAAACGUACUCCCUCCGUUCCUAAAUUUAAGUCUUCCUAGAGGUUUAGUCCAUAUUGAAACCUCUAGAAAGACUUGUAUUUAGGAACAGAGCGAGUAGCUAAUAGUUGGCUGCACUGUGUUUUUCAUUCGCUAUUUGCCAUGCACUCUUAGAUUUUAUAUGCAGCUAGACAAUGCUUUGCUGAUACUGCUAUGCAGGAUUCUGACGAUGGGGAUGAACCCAAGCGAGAAUACACUGCAGCUGGACUGGCUUUGAAGGAAAAAUAUGGAAAGCUCCGUGCUAGACAGAAGGAAAGGAUUGCUCAGCGGCACACAAUCAAGAGCUAUGCUGAUGAUAAACUUGAAGAUUUCAUAAAACUAUAUGACUCUAGUGUUAAUGAAUAUGGUGUAAACCCUUUGAGAGUUGUAGAAGAUCCUUACUCUGCGCAGCCAUCUGGGGCUAAACGUUUCAGUGAUUCAACUGCAGAAAUGAGGCAUUCCUCGAAGAAAGCAAAGAGAUAUCCUGAAAUCUCUCGAGAGCUUCAUGCCAAACUUGCUGCGAGUGCUACUUCGUCGAAGCACCACUCAAAGGCAACUGAUGUCUUAAAUCAAGGGACUCCACAUCACCUCUUACCUGUCCUUGGCCUUUGUGCUCCGAAUGCUGAUCAGGUAAACUCGUACAAGAAUUCAAAUUGUGGGCCAAACAUGAAGGAGCAAAAACCAGCUAGUGGUGAAGUAUUCAACAAGCCACUGUCACCUUCUGCUGCCGAGUAUUCUAGUGAACUAAAAAAUCAGGGCCAAUUGGAUCCCAGCAAGGCUAUGUUUCCUGGUUCAUCCGAAGCUUUGCGAAGGCUGGGUAACAUCAUUCCAGAUAGCUAUUUCCCCUUCAAUUCUAUUCCUCCUAUAUCUGGGAAGGGGCUUUGUGACCCUGUUGAAAAUCCUUUACCUUCUAUUGCUUCAUUUCAAGGGAAGAUGGGUCUUCCGAACUUUGGUCUGGAAGACAAUAUUCCACUCAGUCAUAUGAAGUCAGUACCAGAUCUAUUUCCCAACUUCCCACUGGGCACUAAUAAGGAGUAUGCUCGUAAUUCUAUCCCAGAAUUGCCAAACAGUUCAUUUUUACCGAACUUCAUGGCAGAUAUUGCUGGAAGUUCAAAAAAGGUGAGGUCAAAAUUCAUGGCAGAUAUGUCUGCCCUUCUUCCUGGGUUAGGUAUUAGCCCAGUUCAACCAAUCCAUUCAGCCAUGCCUGAAAAUCACAAGAAGGUAUUGGACAAUAUAAUGAUGCGUGCUCAGUAUGCCACAAAUAAAUUAAUGAAAAAGAGGUCAAAACCUGAUUAUUGGUCGGAAGAUGAACUUGACGCUUUGUGGAUUGGAGUUCGUAGGCAUGGAAGAGGUAACUGGGAUGCCAUGCUUAGAGAUCCAAAGUUGAAUUUUUUGAACCACCGCACUAGUGAAGAGCUAGCAUUGAGAUGGAUUUUGGAGGAGCAGAAAAUUAUGGAGGAACCAAUGCCUACAGCCACCAGAAGUUCCAACUCCACAUUUCCUGGUUUAUCUGAUGCCAUGAUGUCUCGGGCACUAAGUGGAAGCAACUUCUCUAAACUUAAGAUGGAGCCACCUAAGUUGCACUCCCACCUAACUGAUAUUCAAUUAGGUUGCAGUGAUAUACCAUCUAGAUUUCCUCAUAUUGAGCCUUCUAUGAGUGAGGGUGGCCCAUCACUGGCACCAUGGAAGGAUUUCAAGAAUAAAACAGGUUAUGGUGGGGAUUUUCCUGGAAGCACAUCUGACAAGUGGGAGAAAGCUGAUGUUGGACUGGUCCCACCAUAUAUCCCAAAUCCUUUUAUGAUGGAAAGUAUUGGUGCACUACCCAUAAACAUACCAAACAGUAGUUCGAUCCAGCAGAAUGAAUUUGCAUCAAGUUCUCAUGAGAACAUUCUUCUUCAUAGUGUCACAGAUGGGCAGGCCGAUUUGUUUCACGAGAUGCAGCGGCGUGUGAGGUUAGGCAAACAGCCCAUUGAAAUGAAUCUGUAUCACACAAAGCACUCAAGUCCUCUACUUGAAAACGCUGGCAUAUUUGGAAGUUCCAGAUCAAACAAGCUACCGCAUUGGCUUCAGGAGGCCGUGCGCGCUCCAUCUAAGCCAAUUGAAUGUGAACUACCACCAACUGUUUUAGCAAUUGCAGAGUCUGUGUGCCUACUUCUUGGAGAACAAAAACCAGCAAUACCCCCAUUCCCAUUCCAAGGACCUCGCCUUUCUCGCCCAAAGGACCCGAGAAAUACUCCAAAGAAGAGAAGAGUACAUAAGGUUCAGCAAGCAGAGCAUCCCAAAAUUGGAUCUGGGCAAGGUGAUCAAAUAUCUGCUCCAGCACCAAAAUUAAUGGAAGCUCCUCCUACUUCUGCAAUUGAUCAGACUAAUGAUGCCCCUUCACUAAACUUGAACUCUCCAUCAUCUUCUUCCGCUGGCAGUCAGAGGCAAGACGUGAUACCUCCUGCUUUUGAAGAAACACGCAAUACAAUGGAAGUUUCAGAAGCUGUUGCUGCUGCUUGCACGGCCAGGUCAGAGGCUCCUGAAACUGGUUGUCAGAGAGAUGAAUUCUCUGGGUUAGAUGGCAUUACCAGUGGGUCUUGUAGAUCACCAUCGGGGAAUGCUCCUGACGCUGGUGCUCCAAGGAGGGGAUUGUCGGGACCUGCAGAGUUCUCUUUGCUGCCAGUAGUUGAUGCAACUGGAUUAAGUACCACACGGGCAGUAGGACCUGUAUCAAGUGAUGAUCAGGAGCCAGAACAAGAAAAUCUAUUAGACAGUGACAAGCACAUUGGCGGCACUGAGAAACUGUUGGAGAAACCUACACCACUUGAGAGUAGGGAUUCAGGUGCAUCACAGUCAGUUUCAGCUCAGAUAGUUGAUGAAGAUAAAGUCGGCAUGGUUGCAGAUGAGCGUUAGACUUCAGCGAUGAGCUCAAGAUUUCGUUUUCGUCCGUUUAGGGCUGGGAUUUUCCCUUUCCCAAUGUUUCCAGUGUGAGGGUGCGCUGUGUUUGUAUGCUUAGUUCAGAUGGAGUAAAAACUCCAGGGACUAGUAGUUUAGCACUAGUCUGUCCGGAGCAACUCACGAGAUCCUCUCUAUAUACGUGAAAUGUAUAUUUGCUAACCUGGUGUGGACUGCGGACAAGUAUAUUCAUUUAUUUAUGCGUGUAUGGUUAAGAUA